GCAUAAACAGCUACGUCAUCAACAGGCGCCAGAGACGGGUGAAAGGUGUUCCGCCAGUGUCGGAGGUUAGAUAAAGGUUUAUGUCCUGCCAGGCAUGAUGAACGUGAACGGUUUCCUCGCCGUGGCCAGGCGGCUUCCGGUGGGAAGAGCGCGCUCAGCUGUCACGCGUGGGACCUGGGGAGACAGGCUCUACGCCUUCAGCAGGAGGACCAUCAGAACCCACUCCAGGAGUCUGGCCUAUGCCAAGGAUCUGUUCCUGGGUCAGAUCAACAAGGCUGAAGUCUUCCCUUACCCGGAGAUCGGAAACGAGGAGCUGGAGGAGAUCAAGCAGUUUGUUGCACCAGUGGAGAAGUUCUUCAGCGAGGAAGUUGAUUCGGCAAAAAUAGAUAAAGAAGCCAAAAUCCCAGCAGAGACGCUGAAUGGCCUGAAGGAGCUGGGCUUGUUUGGAAUCAUGAUCCCUGAGGAGUAUGGUGGCCUCGGCCUGUCCAACACCAUGUACGCCCGUCUGAACGAGAUCAUCGCGCUGGACGGCUCUAUUGCCGUCACCCUGGCCGCGCAUCAAGCCAUCGGGCUGAAGGGCAUUCUGAUUGCUGGGAACGAAGCCCAGAAGAAGAAGUAUCUGCCCAAACUGGCUUCAGGAGAACACGUGGCUGCUUUCUGUCUAACCGAGCCCGGCAGUGGAAGUGAUGCAGCCUCCAUUCAGACUCGGGCCACCCUGUCCGAGGAUGGGAAACAUUACCUGAUCAACGGCUCCAAGAUCUGGAUCUCCAACGGAGGCUUUGCAGACAUCAUGACAGUGUUUGCUCGGACUCAGGUGGAGGUAGACGGUGUGAAGAAAGACAAGAUCACUGCUUUUAUCGUGGAGAAGGCUUUUGGGGGCAUCACCAGUGGUCCACCUGAGGACAAACUGGGCAUCAGGGGUUCCUACACCUGUGAAGUCUCCUUCGACAACGUCCCCGUUCCGGUGGAAAACGUGAUUGGAGACGUAGGAGGAGGAUUCAAGGUUGCCAUGAACAUCCUGAACUCUGGGAGGUUCAGCAUGGGCAGUUCUUGUGCUGGAAUGAUCAAGAAGCUGAUGGAGUUGACGUCUGAGUACGCGGCAACCAGGAAGCAGUUUAAUAGAAGCCUGAGUGAAUUUGGCAUGAUCCAGGAGAAGUUUGCGCUGAUGGCCAUCAACGCCUUCGUGAUGGAGAGCAUGGCGUACCUGACGGCGGGGAUGAUGGAUCGACCAGGGCUUCCAGAUUGUUCCUUAGAGGCUGCCAUGGUCAAGGUGUUCAGCUCAGAGGGCGGCUGGAUUUGCUGCAGCGAGGCUCUGCAGGUCCUUGGAGGUCUGGGUUACACAAAGAACUACCCGUUUGAGCGCUACGUCCGCGACUCUCGCAUCCUGCCCAUCUUUGAGGGGACCAAUGAAAUCCUGAGGAUGUAUGUGGCUCUCACCGGGAUGCAGUACGCAGGCAAGGUGCUGACAGGAAAAAUAAAGGAGAUGAAGAAAGGCAAUAUAUUCCUGGCUGUGAACAUGGCUGGCAGGAAGCUGAGGACCUCCCUGGGAGCAUCAGAAGACCUUGGCCUGACAGGAAAAGACGGGGUGGUGCACCGCAGCUUGGCGGAAAGUGCCAAGCAGCUUGAGCAGAACGUGAGCCUUUUUGGGUCGACAGUGGAGAGCCUUCUGUACAGAUAUGGGAAGAGUAUAGUGGAUGAACAGCUCGUCCUGAAGAGGGUAGCAGACAUAUUGAUCAACCUGUACGCCAUGACGGCCGUCCUGUCCAGAGCCAGCCGCUCCAUCAGCAUCGGCCUCCGCAAUCAUGACCAUGAGGUGCUGCUCGCCAACACAUUCUGCAACGAUGUCUUCUUCAAGAACAAUUACUUGAUGGUCCAGCUGCAGAAACAUGCUCCAGAAAACAACGACGCCAACAUAAAGAAGAUCGCCAAGGCGGUGUUGGAGAACAGAUCUUACAUCUGCUCACACCCUCUUGAAAGAACGUACUGAGUUCCCUGCUCCACCGUUAGACGGCCUCUCUAACCGUGUCAGCGUCUUUCAUCAGUGGUGGCUGCUCACAUAAUGCUGCAGCUCACUGGAUAACAGGCUGCUGCCCACAGGAAACCAUCCCAAGUGCUCUUUAACAAACGCAGAGUGAAGAAAAUGGUACAAAUGAGCCAGUUUAUCUGCUAAACUAACAUGUUUAAAAGACCGACCAUGUGAACUUCUCCAAGCUGGACUUCUAGAACAUCAAGCUGCUGCUCUCCUCAUCAGUCCGAGCCGAGGAGUUGGCUGCUCGAGGAAUGAUUUGUGACGCACAUUUACACUUUUAGUGAGCAGUCAACUCGGUUUAAUGUAUUUUUUUUUCUUUUGCAACUAUCAGGUUUUGAACCUUUCAAAAUAAAAUGUCUAACUUGA